AUGUCUUCCCCAAACCACACUACAGUGGCAGAAUUCAUUCUCUUGGGACUCACAGAUGACCCUGUCCUGGAGAAGAUCCUGUUUGGAGUGUUUCUGGUGAUCUACCUGAUCACGCUGGCAGGCAAUCUCUGCAUGAUUAUGCUGAUCAGGACCAAUUCUCACCUCCAAACACCCAUGUACUUCUUCCUUAGCCACCUCUCCUUCGUGGACAUUGGCUAUUCCUCCAAUAUCACUCCAAACAUGCUGCACAACUUCCUCUCCGACCAGAAGACCAUCUCCUAUGCUGGAUGCUUCACACAGUGUCUUCUCUUCAUUGCCCUGGUGAUCACUGAGUUUUAUAUCCUUGCUUCGAUGGCAUUGGAUCGCUAUGUAGCCAUUUGUAGCCCUCUACAUUACAGUACCAGAAUGUCUAAGAACGUUUGUAUCUCUCUAGUCAUGGUGUCUUAUACUUGUGGCUUCCUUAAUGGACUCUCCCAGACACUGCUGACUUUUCACUUGUCCUUCUGUGGCUCCCUUGAAAUCAAUCAUUUCUACUGUGCAGAUCCCCCUCUUAUACUGUUGGCCUGCUCUGACACUUAUGUCAAAAAAAUGGCAAUAAAGAAGUUGCACUGUGCAAUAACAGAAUUCAUUCUCCUGGGGCUCACAGACCGGCCUGAACUCCAACUUCUCUUCUUUGUGCUGUUUCUGGUUUUGUAUCUUGUCACCCUCUCGGGCAACCUGGGCAUGAUGCUGUUGAUCAGACUGGACUCUCACCUCCACACACCCAUGUACUUCUUCCUCACUAAUUUGGCCUUUGUGGACUUGUGUUACACCUCAAAUGCAACCCCACAGAUGUUGACUAAUUUCUUAUCGGAGAAGAAGACCAUCACCUUUGUUGGCUGCUUUACACAAUGUUACAUUUUCAUUGCGCUUCUCCUCACUGAGAUUUACAUAUUGGCGGCAAUGGCCUAUGACCGCUACGUGGCCAUAUGUAACCCUCUGCGCUAUAGUAUGAAAAUGUCCAGGCGCAUCUGCCUCUGUUUGGCCACAUUGCCUUAUGUCUAUGGCUUCUCAGAUGGGCUGUUCCAGGCCCUCCUGACCUUCCGCUUGAACUUCUGUAGAUCCAAUGUCAUCAACCACUUCUACUGUGCUGACCCACCACUGAUUAAGCUUUCUUGCUCUGAUACGUAUGUCAAAGAGCAUGCCAUGCUCAUAUCAGCUGGCUUCAAUCUCUCCAACUCCCUCUGCAUCAUCCUGGUGUCCUAUGCCUUCAUUAUUGGUGCCAUCCUCCGGAUCAAAUCGGCAGAGGGCAGGCACAAGGCAUUCUCCACCUGUGGCUCCCACAUGAUGGCUGUGACCCUCUUUUAUGGGACCCUCUUCUGCAUGUAUGUAAGACCACCAACAGAUAAGACUGUAGAGGAAUCCAAAAUAAUAGCUGUCUUGUACACUUUUGUAAGUCCGGUGCUUAAUCCAUUGAUAUACAGUCUGCGGAACAAGGAUGUAAAGCAAGCCUUGAAAAAUGUCCUCAGAGGAAAUAGGUCACUAACAUGGGACUGACCCUGAUUUCCAAUGAAUCGUCACUAAAACUUGGGCUCAAUAUCUUUGUAUUCUAAUGAUGUAUUUUUAUAUUCUCUAUAAAUAAGUCUCAAAUAUCUCAGCUAAAAAUCUCAAGUCUGGGGAAAAGAUGAGCUUCACUUAUAAAUCUGCAUUCUUGCACCUCAACAUGUGGUCCAUACACCAGCAGCAACAGCAUCACCUUGGACUUUGUUAGAAAUGUAGGAGCACCACAUUCUGCACCUUAGAUGCACUAUAUCCAAACUUGUGUUUUAAUCAAAUCAUAGGUGAUUUGUAAACACAUUAAAUUUGAGGAGCACUGUUCUAAUUGAAAACUCCCACUCAGUAUGGCAUGGAACAUUCCCAUGCUCUUAUUGUUUACAAUGAUGACGAGAUAAAGAUGUUCUCAGUUCCACUCCUUACAUUUGUUCUAUUCUCAUUAUUAUCUAUCUUUUGGGGCUAGGAGUGUUUGUGAAACACAUCCUUCUGUCCUUCUCCUCUAAGUUACUAAGUUAAACCAAAAAGCACGGAUCAUGAUAGUCUUCCUGUUCCUUGUGAAUGUGCUUAUAUAAUGGUCAGUAUGGGAAUGGGGAAGAGAGGAAUAGGGUGACCUUUUUUUUUUUUCCCUAGCUCUGAGUUUGUGGAUCCAGUCUAUGACCUCUGAACUAUAGGGACCUACUUUUUCCCUCUGAUCUGCAAGCCUGAAUCUACGCACCCAGGUCUAGGAAAAGAAAGAAUGCUUUCAGUAUCACUUUGAUGUGAAAAGUUUAGAAAUGCCGGGCAAUGUCUUUUUUCUUCAUUUCUAGUUUAUAAGUGAAAAUUUGGAUUAUUGAUUUGAGUGUUGCUUUUUUCUCAUAUAAACAUUUUAUAUCCUUUACCUAAACACCACUUUAGCCAAAAACUGCCAAUUUUUGGUAAUUUUUACAUUCAUUUUGCAAUAUUUUCUUUUUUU